AUGGAACUCAUCCUCAUUCUUACACUACGCGGGCCAUACAGCCGCGGUGUCGAAUGGCCCAUGAUGCUCAUGGCCAUCUCCGCAUCCGUCAUCCAAGUCAUCGGCCUAAUCCCGCCUUACUUCGAGCUCGCCAAGCGCAACGGCCGCGUCAUUGGCAUUGACUUCUGGUUCCUCACCAUCGACUACCUCGGCGCCUUCUUCUCGCUCAUGGCCGUCGUCGCGCAGCAAUGGUUCGAUGCUCUCGGCGCUAGUCUAUACAUCGCCUGCAUGGUCCUCGAGACUGGUAUCUUUGCUAGCCAAGCAGUCUGGCUAUGGCGUGUCCGACAUGUGCGCAAGGAAGCUAAGAAGGCGGGCAAGACAUAUGAUGAAUACGUUGCUGAGAAUAGCGGCAAGAAGUUGCCGAGGUGUGGGAGUGAGGAGACGUUUGUUGAUGUUGAGACGGGGUGUGAGAAGAAGACAACGAUUGGAGGUGGUGAGUAUGAUGCUGGCACGGCUGAGAAGCUGGUCGAGAAACCAUCCACGACCCAAGAGGAACGCGUCGAUGCUACGGAGGCGACUGCGACGCCCGCAUCGACAUCAACGGCCACCUUAACGCCCAUAUUCACUUCGAUGACAACAGCACCAUCACCCGACGCCGUCCAGGCUCCCCCACCUGCCGUCCUGAAGAACGACACGUCCGGUUGA